AUGAUUCUACUUCUCAUCUCAUUGAUUGUAAUGGUCAACGGUGGUCCGUGUACCCAAGGACUUUAUUACUGUGGCGCAACCUUGGUAGAGAUGGGUUAUCUUCCUGAACAAAUAGCACAGGCGGGAGGGCAUAGUGACAGCAGAGUUACUGACAAUAUUCUCUUCUAUUGUAUUGGUGGACCAGAAGGGAAUAUUAUGAACGAAGCAACCUGUUCAGAUGGAUGUGUUAGUGGUGGUUCAAAUGAUCAAUGCGCUUAA